GAGCACUUUCGUGAAUGCAUACUCAAACAAAUCGUCUUCUUUACCUAUAGGUCCUUAGUCCUGAACCAGAGAUAUCCUACUAGACGCCUUUUCACACUUCUCCCUGUUUCCUAGCUUCCUUCCAUGGCUUCAAUCAUUUUUUUCUCUCUUCUUUUUGCAUCCACAUUUACCCAUUUGCUAUCAGCCAACGCUCAACCGGCAAAUCCCAUUUCUCGAAUAACAGUAGUUGGUGCUGUUUUCUGUGAUAUCUAUUCAAGCAACACUUUCUCCAGACACAGUUACUUCUUGUCAAGUAAAAAGCUAGUUCAGUCAUUUCAACAAAUAAUUGGAGACUGAUUUUGUUCCUUUUACUUUUGCAAAUUAGCAAUUAAAUUGCAUGUUGUUUACCUGAUCAGGGGUUGAUGUGAACAUAAAAUGCCAGUUGAGAGCAAAUUCACAAAAAACUUCAGAGCAGAUGGUCGUUUCAAUAAAUAAAAACACAGAUAAGUAUAGAGUGUAUAAGCUGGAAAUACCAAAUGUUGAUGGGGUUGAUUGUGUGGAAGGUUUGGUUAUUGAGUCAAUUUGCCAUGCAAGUUUAAUAGGAAGUUCAUCUUCACCCUACAAUCUUCCAGCUUUAAAGACCUCAAUAAAUCAGAUGUUAGUGAAGGCCAAACAGGAAAAUCUCUGCAUCUACAGCUUGAAUGUACUAAGCUACAAGCCAUCCAAAAGGAAUGUUACCUUGUGUGGGAAUCACAAGGAGAAGUUGCCAAACUCUUUGGAAACUUCAAAAUGUUUUCUGCCUUUCUUCCCUCCACAUGGUUUCCUCUGGCCUUUCCACUCAUUUCCCUUCCCUUCUUUACCUCCCCACUCACUUUUGCCAUCUCGGCCUUUUUCUUACCCAUAUAACCCACCAUCUUUGCCCUUCCCUUUUCCUCCAACCUCUUCUCUUUCAAGUCACAUCCCCCACCAUGAAUUCAAUCUUGGAGACCCAAAAACUUGGAUACCAUCCUUUCCUCCUCCCCCUCCUAGCAGCGCUGAAGACCUAAAACCAUGAAGGACUUUCCCUUUUUUUUUAUUGAAUGUGGUGGAGCAUGUUGGCAUAGAAAGUAGAAUGUGUGUCUUAAAUAAAUUGAAUAAAAACGGUGUACAAACUGCAUAGCCUUACAUGUUUCAUCAAGCAGUGUGCAGCUAAUGAAGUUUGAAAUUUAGA